CCACCAGAGAGUCACAUGGGCCAGCUGGUUACAUGACUUCACCACCACCACCACCACCACCACCAGAUUAACAACAAUACAUUCAUCACCCAAGUCGCAGGAUGCCACUGGAGGCUUGGUAUAUGGACAGCUCUGAUGAAGAUCAGAGACUGCCACACAAACUCAGCCCAAACCAGCCCGUCUCUUUGGACGAAUUAAAGAAGAUCGGCGUCUUGCACUGGAAGUUGAACGCUGAGAUGUAUGAAAAUGACCCGGAGUUGGAAAAGAUUCGCAAGGAUCAAGGCUACUCCUUCAGUGACGUCAUCACCAUUCAGAAGGAAACACUGCCCAAUUAUGAAGAAAAGCUGAAGAUGUUCUUCGAGGAGCACCUCCACUUGGACGACGAGAUCCGCUACAUCUUGGAUGGGCCAGGCCUACUUUGACGUCAGGAGCGGCGUGCAUACCGAUGGAUCCGGAUCGCCAUGGGGAAAGGCGACCUGAUCACGCUGCGCGGAAUCUACCACCGCUUCACCCUGGAUCAGACCAACUACACGAAAGCCAUGCGGCUGUUUGUGGGCGAACCCGUUUGGAAAGCUUACAACCGGCCUGCAGACGACUUUGAGAAACGUCAGCAGUACGUUGCUUCACUACAGUGUUCCUGAAACAUGGGAGAGAGAGACACACACACUAAUGUGGAUGUAAAAUCAGUAUUUACACAAAUCAAAUGCAUAGUCUAGUUUAGUGCCUUGAUUGUUAUG